GUCGGAGCGGGAGCCGUCCCGGCCGCCGUCCUACCUGCAGAGCUGGUCAAAUCAGGUCAUCCCAGCAAACAGCACACAACUCCAGCAUGGCCUCAACUGCGUUAAAAUCAGUGCUGCGGACGAAGGUCCCAUUUAAAGUUGGCCGUAUGUGCUACUCCUCCUCUUCAGUGCCCACUACAAAACUCUUCAUUGAUGGCAAAUUUGUUGACUCAAAGUCUUCAGAAUGGCUGGAUAUUCACAAUCCUGCCACCAACGAGGUGAUUGCUCGUGUGCCCAAAGCCACUCAGGAGGAGAUGCAGGCUGCUGUGGACUCGUGCUCCAGAGCCUUUCACUCCUGGUCUGAGACCUCCAUCUUGACUCGGCAGCAGGUGUUUCUGCGCUAUCAGCAGCUUAUCAAGGACAAUAUUAAAGAACUGGCGAAGUCGAUCACACUGGAACAGGGCAAGACCCUCGCAGAUGCAGAGGGAGAUGUGUUCAGGGGAUUACAGGUGGUGGAGCACACCUGCAGCAUCACGUCUCUGAUGCUGGGUGAGACGCUGCCCUCCAUCACCAAAGACAUGGACACGUACACCUACCGCCUGCCCAUCGGGGUGUGCGCCGGCAUCGCCCCCUUCAACUUCCCCGCCAUGAUCCCCCUGUGGAUGUUCCCCAUGGGCAUGGUGUGUGGGAACACGUACCUGCUGAAGCCGUCGGAGCGCGUGCCGGGCUGCACCAUGCUGCUGGCCAAGAUGCUGCAGGACGCCGGCGCGCCGGACGGGACGCUCAACAUCAUCCACGGACAGCACGACGCUGUGAAUUUCAUCUGUGACAAUCCAGCUAUCAAGGCAAUCAGCUUUGUUGGCUCCAACCAAGCAGGAGAGUACAUCUAUGAGCGGGGGUCUAAAAACGGCAAGAGAGUCCAGUCCAACAUGGGAGCCAAGAACCAUGGUGUGGUGAUGCCCGACGCCAACAAGGAGAACACUCUGAACCAGCUGGUGGGAGCAGCGUUCGGGGCGGCGGGGCAGCGCUGCAUGGCUCUGUCCACCGCCAUUUUGGUGGGCGAGGCGCGGAGCUGGCUGCCGGAGCUGGUGCAGCGGGCCAAGGCUCUGCGCGUGAAUGCAGGAGACCAGCCCGGAGCCGACGUGGGGCCUCUGAUCUCCCCGCAGGCCAGAGACCGAGUCUGCAGCCUGAUCCAGAGCGGCGUGGACGAGGGCGCCACGGUGCUCCUGGACGGCCGCGACGUGAAGGUCAAGGGUUACGAGAACGGCAACUUCGUGGGGCCGACCAUCAUCGGCAACGUCACGCCCAACAUGAAGUGCUACACCGAGGAGAUCUUCGGGCCCGUGCUGGUCGUCCUGGAGGCCGACACCCUGGAUGAUGCCAUAAGCUUGGUCAACAGAAACCCCUAUGGCAACGGGACAGCGAUCUUCACCACAAAUGGUGCCACUGCACGCAAAUACACUCACGAGGUGGACGUGGGCCAGGUCGGAGUCAAUGUUCCCAUUCCUGUGCCGCUGCCAAUGUUUUCCUUCACUGGUUCAAGGGGAUCCUUCAGAGGGGACAUGAACUUCUACGGAAAACAAGGCAUUCAGUUUUACACACAAAUCAAAACUGUAACCUCACAGUGGAAAGCCGAGGACGCCACUUUAAAAAGCCCAGCAGUCACCAUGCCGACAAUGGGACGUUAAAAUACUCCGUCCAGAUGCAGCUCGUCCUUCUGAAUAAGCAGAAAAUGUCCGUCCACACGUGUGCCUCCUUCAUAAAUACAGCUUCUAAGCUCUGUACAUCUUUUUGAACACUCUAUAUUAAAGGUGUAUCUAUGUCCACACGAAACCCAGGUAACAUUGUCAAUGCAAUAUUUCAAAUAACCACUGAAAGUGCUUUUAUAGCGGUUAUGUUUUGGAAACGUCCAGAUGAGACGGUGUUAUUGGAUCAAUGUGAAUCAAGCACUAAAAAUCUUUGGUAGUUUGUGUGAUUUGUGAAGAAACCAGAAUGAGAGUUGUUUUCCUGAAUAUAUUGCAGUGUGUACUGGAUAUAAAUUAAAGUAAGGAUCAACCUGAUUUCCACUUUUAAAUUUAUUGCCUGUGCAUCCCAGCAGCUAUUGCCAACAUAGUAUUUUUAUUU